UCGCUUUGCCUCAUCAAGUGGAGCGUGUUGUUCAUGUUGCACGUGGAAAGUCGCUCGGCUGAAGUUAUUUUAUUUAGCUAACUAAAAUAACUGAAAUAUUAUUGUUCAAAAGUUCAAGAAACAUUCACAAAUUUAGUUCUACAAUGCUGCGGCGAGAAUCUCGUUUAAGGAGAGAAUUCAUUUAUCGGAAGGGGGUUGAAGACCGAAAAAAGUCUAUCCAAGAGAAAAAAGAACGGCUUAAGAGGGCGUUGGAUGAUGGGACACCAAUUGACACAGAUCUGAAGAAUUCAGCUCUUAGCUUGCAAAAAUCAUUAAAAUGGGACGAUAAGGCACCAGGUUUGGCCUCUGCGAUAGGAGGAGAGUCCGGAGGUACCGGAGUUUCAAGUCAGGACGAUGAAUACCGAUGGGCUGGAGUCGAAGACCCAAAAGUUGUCCUUACAACUUCUCGAGAUCCAUCUGCAAGAUUAAAAAUGUUUACAAAGGAAAUGCGUCUACUGGUUCCAAACUGUCAGAGGAUAAACAGAGGUGGCUAUGAGUUGGGACAACUUGUUGGUGCUUGUCGAUCCAACGGGGUUACGGACCUACUUAUAGUUCAAGAACAUCGAGGAGAGCCUGAUGGGCUGACCAUUUGUCAUUUGCCGUACGGGCCGACAGCAUACUUUACAAUAUCCGGAACUGUUAUGAGGCACGACAUUCCAGGGCUUGGCCAUGCCCCCCAACAAUACCCUCAUCUCGUCUUUCACAAUUUCAAGUCACCUUUGGGGACACGGGUUUCAAAUAUUCUCAAGUACUUGUUUCCUGUACCAAAAGUUGAUAGUAAACGAGUGAUUACAUUUGCAAAUCAUGAUGACUACAUCGCUGUGAGACAUCAUGUACAUAAGAAGACGGAGGACGGAAGAGACGUUCAAUUAUCAGAGUUGGGCCCCAGAUUUCAGUUGAAAUUGUAUGAAAUAAAACUGGGCACUUUAGAAAAUGCUGCCGCUGCGGACGUCGAGUGGGCUUGGAGGCCUUAUAUGAAUACGGCACGCAAACGUAGAUUUCUUUCUGAUGAUGACGGCUGGACUGAAGAUGCGGAUAUCGAAACUCCGACUGCCUAAGCUACAUACAUAAUGUGCAUUCUUGUAUUCCUUCUGGUUUAAGAUUUUUGUAUUCGCCUACAAAAUUAUAUAAUAUAUAGCACAGGUUUAUAUUAUUUCUGACCCAGCAUUUAUUGUAAACCAAAUCAACGCAAAUACAAACCUCAUAUAAAAUGUUAAUAAUUUAA